CCCAUAGUUCAGUCGCAAGCAUGCAGCAAUAGGAGUUACGUGUGUAGUUCACUUCGAGCGUGUUUACUUUCUAAGUGACACUUUGUUUAAAGACCAGUACUGUGCAAGAAAGACUUAUUUCAUAAUAUUUAAACGCAAAGAAUAAUUACAGAAAAGUGAGUGAGAUCAUACAUGCUGACAUAUGUCGUAAGAGGUUAGUGUAAUCUGACCGUGAGGAUUGGUGGCAAUCAUUAGUGUGUCAUUAUUGCUGAAGGGAUUUGGAUUAUUUAAAACUGCGAAAUAUCAAUUCAGAAGUCUUGUGAACGGUAUUCUACAGCUGUAACACUAUCUUACGGACAGCAGAAGUGUACCAGAAUUAGUCGACGUGUCUCGACCUACUUAUUCAGCGGACUGCUCAGAGCAACACAUAACCUCAAUAUUCAUCAGCUCAUAAACCUCAGUUCAGUGCAGUCUCAUUCCACUUUUCAACUUAUAUCAUAUGUAUUUCUUUGUUUUCAAAGAAACGAUAUUAAAAGUGUGACGUGAUUCUUGCAGAUCAUCAUGAACGAGUUACGUGCAGUUGGUUAAAGGAUUUCGAAACCUUUACCGAAGUGUUGUGUGUCUUUUUCCCACUUUUAAUUUGAGUGACAGUCACAACAUGGGUGUACAUAAAAACGCGGAACAUGAAAGCGGAUAUUUUGAGGAUGAGGAAGAAGACGAAGAAGUUGCUAGGAGAGUGAUUUAUGUAAACAGCAAUCGAGAGGUUGUCGGGGAUAAAUCGGAUGACAACCUUGCAGAAAUAAGUUGCUGUGAAGGACGCAUCGAACCCCAGAAUAAAAUGAACCUGACUGGUAUAGGCCGAGUUGACAUGUCCAACUUCGAGCUCCUCAAAGUACUGGGAACUGGAGCUUACGGCAAAGUGUUCUUGGUUCGCAAGAAGGGCGGCGUUGACGACGGACACCUGUACGCGAUGAAGGUGUUGAAGAAGGCCAGCAUCGUUCAGAAGAAGAAGACAACUGAGCACACCAAGACGGAGCGGCAGGUGUUGGAGGCCGUGCGUCAGUCGCCGUUUCUCGUCACCCUUCACUAUGCCUUCCAGACGGACGCCAAGCUGCAUCUCAUUCUCGAUUACGUGAGUGGGGGAGAGCUGUUCACCCACUUGUAUCAGCGGGAAAAAUUUACGGAGGACGAAGUGAGAAUCUACAUCGGCGAGAUCAUCCUGGCACUGGAACACCUUCACAAGUUGGGGAUAAUCUACCGAGAUAUUAAGCUGGAGAAUAUUCUGCUGGAUUCACAGGGUCACAUUGUCCUUACAGACUUCGGUCUCAGCAAGGAAUUUCUUCCACACGAGAAGGAGCAGCGAGCAUAUUCGUUCUGUGGCACAAUCGAGUACAUGGCCCCUGAAGUAGUUCGAGCAGGAGCGACUGGCCACGAUAUUGCUGUGGAUUGGUGGAGUGUUGGUGUUCUUACAUAUGAACUUUUAACAGGGGCAUCUCCCUUUACUGUUGAGGGAAAUAGUGAAUUUCUCUUUUGCAGCCGAAUACUUAAAACAAAUCCUCCUAUCCCAGACGAUUUGUCCCCUGAUGUGGCAGACUUCAUAUCUAAAUUGUUGGUCAAGGAUCCACGAAAACGUUUAGGGGGAGGAGAAGAGGAUGCUGAGGAACUCAAAAGACAUCCAUUCUUCAAAGGAACAAAUUGGGAUGAACUGGCACAGAAGGCAAUUCCAGCUCCAUUUAUACCCAGGAUAACAAACGAACUGGAUGUCAGCAACUUUUCUGAUGAGUUCACCAGGAUGAUUCCUACUGACUCGCCUGCCAUUGUGCCUCCAAAUUUUGACAAAAUAUUUAAGGGAUACUCAUAUGUGGCACCAUCGGUCCUUUUUAGUGAAAAUGUAGUGAGUGACGAAAUUUUUCAGCCUAAUGCAGACAAACGUCCAAACACGGCCCAUCUUUUGUCCUGCAAGUUUAGGGACUCUCCUUUCUUCCAGAAUUAUGAGUUAAAUCUUAAAGAAGGAAUACUUGGAGAUGGGAGUUUCUCGGUGUGUCGUAAAUGCAUAAACCGACAGACAGGACAGGAAUUUGCAGUUAAAAUUGUGAGUCGAAAAAUUGACUGCACAAAUGAAAUAAACUUACUGCGAGCCUGUCAGGGCCACCCAAAUAUUGUCAAGCUCCAUGAAGUGUAUCAUGAUGAGGCUCAUACAUACCUUGUCUUGGAGCUGUUACAUGGUGGUGAGCUAUUGGAGAGAAUUAGGAGGCAGGAUCAUUUCACUGAAAGUGAAGCAAGCCAGAUUAUGAGGAAACUCAUCUCAGCUGUUGGCUUCAUGCAUUCUCGUGGAGUUGUACAUCGAGAUCUUAAGCCUGAGAAUCUACUCUUCACUGAUAAUUCAGACCAGGCUGAUAUCAAGAUUGUGGACUUUGGGUUUGCAAGACUGAAGAAGGAGGAAGAGGUUAUGUUCACGCCCUGUUAUACUAUGCAUUAUGCUGCCCCUGAAGUGCUCAGUAAUGGCACUGAUGGUUAUGAUGAGAACUGUGACCUGUGGAGCCUGGGUGUUAUCUUGUAUACUAUGUUGUCUGGCCGCGUCCCAUUUCAUGCCCGGUCAAGAGAUGACAGUGCAGCAGCUGUAAUGUCCAGGAUCAAGGGAGGAGAAUUUAAUUUCAAUGAUGAUGCCUGGACUCAUGUCUCUGCACAAGCCAAGUAUGUGACCAAAGGUCUGCUCACAGUUGACCCCAGGAAGAGACUGCAGAUAAACGAUCUACGUAACAAUGAGUGGUUACAAGGAAAUAAUUUCAGACUCUACCCUGCAACACCACUCGUGACUCCAGACGUCCUUACUUCUGGAUCCUCGGCUCGAUCAGCAGAAAUGGGUGUGAAGCAGACAUUCAGUGCUUUCCUCCAAGCACAUCGAGAAGGUUUCAGGCUACAGGAUGUUAUGAAUGCCAAGUUGGCACAAAGGAGACGCAUGAAGAAAUCUUCAACUGAUGCUCGCAGCUGUUCUACCUCCAGUAGCUUCUCUACAUCCAGUUCUUCAGGUAACUCAUCCAUCCAGACACCAGUGAAGGUGAAUCCUUCAGGAUCAACAACAUCUGUAAGUGGUGGAUUGCUAAAACGUAAACGUGUCAGCAGUUCACAAGAAGAUAGUGGUAAAGUGUUCAACUUUGGGGAAGCUCGUGUACGUGAAUACCUCUGUAGCCUUUCAUCAGAUGACUCUAGCCACUGCUCUAGGUCCCCUGGUGAAGGAUCAAAAAACAUUGCUAGAGAAUCAACUGAGGUUGCACAGCCAGUCAUCUUCUCACCAAAGUGGAAGAAGACUGAAGGACCUGAAGAGAUGAGAAGUGUUCCUUUGUUUGAAGACAUUUCAAGUCAAGGAAGUGUAGAAGUGUUUGAAAAUGUUACUGGAAGAAUCUCUGGUGGCAUCAGUGUUGAGGCAGGGGAAAGGUUUUCUUCAAAUGAUGAUGCAGUAUCUGUGUGCAUUAUCUCAGAGGAACAGCAGAAAGAACAACAGAUUAGUCCCUUAAGAGAAAACACCAAGCGCAUGUCGUGUGAUAGUGACUGUGUAUCAGUAUCGGGUGCAGCGUCUGUGACUGGCGGUCAAUCCAGUGACAGGUUGGAAGGACCAUUAACUCGAUCACGAAAGCGACAAAUGGAUGAUUCAUACAGCUCAAGUUCUGUAGGAAAUGGCAGCUGUAAUGGAGGCAGUAGUGAAGAUGGUAAAGUUGAGAAACGUAGGAAGCACCAUCUGAAGCGACACCAUCGACACCGACAUCAUCGUGGAGGGAAAAGGGUGAAGCGAAUCGCUACUAUUACUGUUGAGUGAACCUUUGUGUGCCACCCAUCAUAACGUUGAAUUCUAUUGACAGCGGACUGAUACCCAUACCUAAGACCUUUAAUAGCAGAAUUGCUAUGUUAGUGCCGUAUUAAUUCUGUGGCAAACAAAGUGUGUGUUGAAAGUAACACAGAAUUUUUUCCAAGAAUCAAAUACAUUAUGCAAUAAUCUAGUAUUGUACAUGAAACUGCAUGUAUUCAUUAAGAUCAAGCAUAUAACUCAUCUUCUGGAACAGUGUGCUUAAUGAAAAUGCAACUGCAAAUUUUCUAUAGCAGAAAUAUUGUAUCUAUUGUUUUAUUCUUCAAUUAAACUGAAUAAUGGACAUGCAUAAUCUGAACACAGUUAAAUGACUCUUAUUAUUAUAAUUUUUUGUUUUUGUGUGAAAGUAAUUUAUGCUCUGUUAUUUUCCACUUAAGAGAUGAUGGUUAUUGCACAUUGCAUGGACAAUCUGAUGUUUAGUUUGCAAGUGUAAGAGCCCAGCAGUAAGGGGAUAUGUGCAACAUAACUACGGUGCUUUACUGAUGUGCCGUUAACGAAAAGAAGUAUUUUUAAAAAUGAGAGAACUCUAUGAUGUGUUAGGUCACUGCACACACAGACACAAAUAUUUUUUUGUACCUGUUUUAGUCUAAUGAGAUGUCAUAAUAUAUAUUUUUUGUAAGAAACUAGUCGAAACGCACAACAGAGAACUCUAUACUGCGGGAGCAGGACUGUUGUAGUAGAGUAAGUGGCUUUUAGUAAAUAAGAAUUUAUUCCAAAGGAUUAUGAGUUUCAGUGACAGCCUUUUUAUUUUUGUUUAUACAUAUGCAGUUUGCAUUUUUUAUUGCAAGGUUCACUGUUUAAAUUGCUUAUUAACAUAUUACAUGAGUCACAGUUUGGAUUACAAGGGCUCUGGUUUGAAAUGUGAUGAAAGGUGAAUGAUUGUAAUGGGAAAUACAAGUGAAGAAUGAAGUUAAACUGUUAGACCUAUUGCCCUGGAAGUUCAACAUUAUAUUGCCACAUAUCUUACAAUCUUAAAAUUUUAUUUCUUAAUUCAUCUGUUUUAAGCAAAGGCAGUUAUUUUUGGGAAGUUUGUGGACAAGAAUUAUUUAAAAACUUUCCAUGCAACUAUUUAAACUUUAAGCAUAUUGUUUCUUGUACUCUUAAGCUAAGUGAUGUCUGCCAAUCAAGUAGAAUUUGAUUGACUAUAUUUUUGUUUCUUUGACUAUAUGUUUGUCAGCUUUGUUAGAACAACAUGGCUCAGGGCAAGGAAUGUUCUAAUCCUAAUGAGACCAUAUUCUGCAGAUAUAGUAGUUAAUUUACAACACUAGAGCAUCAAUGAAUCUUUCCCCAUGGCAAUUAAUGUGUUAGUGGAAGGAAGGUGUAGCGGUGAUUUUUAACACAAAAGAGCAUUUCUUUUUCUCUUAUUAGUUUAAAUUCUGAAGAGGUGCACUUUUACAAAAUAGAUUAUACAACUGACCAUUCUAAUUGAAUCAUUGGAUAUGUAUUUUCUUUCUUAAAACUUGCAAAGAAUAUAUAAAUUUAAAAAAAAAAUUAAAAAAGCAUUUAUUUUGAGUGUCUUGGGUACAUAAGAAUAGCACAGAUAUAUAGAAGUAAGAAAUCAUUUCUCUAAUGGCAUUGAAUAUGUCUGUUUUGUGUUUUAAGUAGAUAUUGACAUCGUCAUCAGAUUGUAUUUACAAAAUGGUUUAUAUUGCAGUAUUAAUAAAUAUUCCUGUGGUUGCAAUUGGACUCCAUCAAUUAUGAGCACAGCCUGUUAAUGAAUUUUUGAAAUGUUUCCAGCAGAGUAAAGUGUUAUGAAAGUGUGACACAUGGAAUUUACAAGAGAGAGCUACAUUAAGUAGCUGCAGCUUUAACUGGGUGGCCUUAUCUGGCUUUAGCCUGGGUGUGCAAAUAAGACAUACCAGUUCAUAGAUCCUUUGUUGUGUGUUUGAAAACAGUCAGAAAAUAGUUGAGAAACAUUUUCAUUCUUGACAUAAAAUCUUGUAACAGAAACUGUUGAAAGUAGUGAAAAUGUGAAGUGAGUCAAUUAUUUUCAAGUGUUGCCUUUAUGGGAAUCAACAAGAGCCAUAAAUAAAGAAAUAUGAAAUUGUAGUAAAGCAAUAUAUUUUUAAAUCUCAUCUCAAUUAAUAUUGCAAUGCGACGGUAAUAGCUCUACCUAUUAUCGGCUGAGGUGACAAAUAAACAGUCCAUGUUAUUGGUUUGCCUUAACAUUUUCAAGUCUAAACUGUGAUUUAAGAUGAAUGAAAGUCACAUUAUAAGAACUAUGUCCUAAUUUAUGGAUAAAUAUUAGUAUUUUAUAAAAACAAUUUUAACUUAAAAAAAUUAAUUGUGUGACUGAAUCAGGAAUGCAUAUAGAAUUGCUUGUGAUUGGUUAGGGUCAUUGCAACCGACUCCUCCCAACUGAAGCAUAACAUGGGCCAAGUUCCCAUCAGUCUAUCACUGGUAUUUAUUUCCAAAAAUAUCAUAAUAUAAUGUAAUAUAAUAUAUUCAUCAAAGUUUGACCUUAAAAUGUUAUGUAUAUAAGAUAGAUGUUGGGAUUUAAAUAAAAUGUUAUAUAUAUAAUUCA